AUGCCGGCGGAGGUAUUGACGCGGUAUAUGGGUUUGGGACUUUUGUGGGUCGCUGUUGCAGUUGAUUUUGGUGUGCACGUGGAAGGUGGCAACAAUGAUGGUGCGGAGGGGCACAGAAGGAACUACGGAGAGGACGAAGAGGUCGUUGGGUUCUUGGCUUGCUUCCCAAUUGUUCGGCAGGACACGAACCCUACAACUGUGGAAACAGCGUCCGAAAGAACAACAGCCUCAUCUGCCCAUCUACACAUAGCGGAGCUUUCGGUCCAUGUUUCACACCAGAGACGAGGUCUGGGAAAGCGGCUUCUUGAGGCUAUGUUUGCCGAGACGAGGAAGCAUCCCUUUGUAUCUCCGCCGCCGCAUUUUGAGGAUGAGGAAGACGCGCCAGACAAUCCCACGGAAGAAGGGACGGCACCGAGCGAGGCUGUGAAGAAGGCUCGAAGAAUACCACUAAAGGGGUAUACUCUGACGACAUACAUACAUCUCUCCUUCAACGCGCCAUUCUACGAGAAGAUGGGCUUUCGUUUGAUAGAUCCGGUCGAUAUUGAGGAGAACGUGGGCAGGAGAGCGGCGGAGCUGUGGGAAGAGGAGCAGAGGAGUAUUGCAAUACCUGAGAAAAGGUGUUGGAUGAUGAGAGCACUAUACCCCUAA